AUCACAAGAGUCUUUACAGCCGAUUAGGAGGCAGGAGAGCCGCAGGAGCAGCCCGGGAGUUACCUCUCCUUCUCUGUUUCGGUGUUAAAAAAAAAACACACCUGACUGCGCGUGCAACCCGACCGCGGCAACUUUUCCUGAAAAGUUUGUCCCUGGCUGGUUGAUUUUCCUCUCCGAGGCGUUUCUUUGCAGAAAUUAACCAACACGGAGCCGAUCGAGGAAGAAGGACAACGACCCUCCCUCACUUCUGCAAUCAUGAUGUCGAUGAACAGCAAGCAACCUUUCAGUAUGCACCCCAUCCUGCACGAGCCCAAAUACACGCCUCUGCACUCGAGCUCGGAGGCCAUCCGGAGGGCCUGCCUGCCCACACCAUCGGUGAGUCCAAAAACUGUCAAUGCUGGCAGGUUCUGUCAAAAGAAAUCUGCUCAAGUCUGUAUUUUCUAAAUGGAUAGACAAGAAAAAGUACAAAAUAUUAUAUUUUUUACUUUGUUUGGCCUCAAAAUGUGCCAUAGUUUGCCAAAAUGCGCCUUUCUACACACGAAAUAAUUCUGCCUCGAGUUUUUCUUUCAAUAUAAAUUGUAAACACUGGCGUUUAUACAACUACAUCAGUUAAAAAAUGUAUAUGAAGUUUGCUCGAGUAAGAACGGGGGAGGACAUGGUCUCGUUUGGAAAUCGCGAGGAGAUUAAUAAUCCUAACUGCUUCAAAUGACAGAUUAUGAAUUAAAGAGAUAAAUAAUUUUAAAAGAUGUGGAUUUGACAGAAGGCAACACGAGCAGCAGCUAAAUAUACAAAGAAGCCCCCAAAGUAGGCCUAUUCUACUUAUUUCUUGUCAGAAGUCUGUGCGUAAAGACGCGCAACAUCUCCGAGAGGCCAAAUCUUUCAGCCUAGUUAGCGUGGACCUGCUGCUGCUGCUGCUGCUGCUGCUGCUGCUGCUGUGAAAAAAGAGCGUGGACGAAAGAUGGAGGAGGCAGCGUGGAUCCUCUGAGCGCAUGUUAUCUCAUAUUGUCCCAUUCAUAUUCAGACUCACACUGGUCUCAUUUCAUUGUCCGCAGAAAUUAUUCAGGAGAUCGUAAAUAUUAAUUUUAAAUGAAUAUCCAUCCACGCUGACACACUUUCCACACAUUGUUGGGCCGAUUCACUGAUGGCCAAGCUGCAGUCUGUUACAUUUUUGAGAAGUAGAAGAAAAACUUGAAUAACAAACGAAAAAAAAAAAGUUUGUGAUUCUUGUUUGUGUUAAAGCUGUGAAAACGCACAGAUUGGACAUACUGUGCGUAAUUUGAGAGGUGGCCCAAAAAGGAUCAUAUACUUAAUUCCCCUCUUUAUAACGACUGAAUCACUUUAUAAAGAGGUACUUAUACUUUAAAACGAUGCUUGCACGUAUCACCAUUUUAUCUAAUUAUAUAUUAAAUUUGAUUAUAGUCAAUGUCUAAGAUACCAUAAUCUACAGGAUUUCUUUUGUUGUUUUUUCUCCUCCAAACUUUCUACUCGCGUUUAUCCAUUCAGAAUUAAUUUUACUUUUAAGAAAGCGUAACAGAAUUUGUUCUUAAAUGAAUUUUUAUAUGCAGGGGUAAAUGAAGCACCUGUUGUAAAACAUCGAUGCAUCUUCCUUGUAAUUGAAAUACAGAGGAAAACAGUGAACAGUAGGAAAAGGAGAGAGAAGCAGCGGACGAAACUCCGCUCUAGUGUCAGCCCUCCCACCCACCAACAAGAUACUGGAAACCCAUGUGGGGAAAUAAUAAACCCCCUAAAUUCUGUAAAGGACCCACACUGCUGUAUUAUAAAGAAAAUUGAAAAGCCACAUCUACUCAGAGGAGUAAACAAGUCUCAAACAUCAGUGCUGCAGCAGCAGUCAGCCCAGUGAGAUCUACAGGAGCAGAAAGCUACACACAUCAUGACAUUUAGUGCACUCUUACUCUUAAAGGGGGCUUCAGAAGUAUCAUCAAAGUGUGUCAUUAAUGGUUGCCUUUUUAAGUUAAAAAUAUAGAUGUGAUUCAUCCUCUCGUAGUCAAUUUCAUUUUUUUUCUAACUUUAAGAAAGACGUGAGAUUUGCGUUCAGCCAUACAGCAAGAAAAAAAAUGAUUUAUAAACUUAUAAAAUCCACAAGAAGGCAAGAAAUAAUGCACAUGUUGGAUUCAGUCUCAAAUACUGCAGUUAAAGGGCAAGGCUGCAGUUAACUCAGAGACUGGUGACAGUAAUAAUAAUACACGUUACUUUUUACUCCAGCAGAAGUAAAACUACUGCUCAGUCAAUCUUGCAAAUAAAACCAACUUUACGUGAAAUUUUCUGAAAGCACUUUGUCUCUAAUAUAGCAGAGAAGGUGGGGGAGUAAUUAAUUGAUUUGAUAAACAGCAGUAAUAUCCUGUGUGAAGGAGGUCUGACUCUAUAUCCAAGAUGAAAAUAAUAAUACUGCAUUUAGUCAGUACUGCACUUUAUAGGUCCUUAAUUAAGUCCUGAUGGGCUUUACAGAUAUGCCUUUUAAGACAAAACUGACUGUAACGAGUACAAACAGUUUAUUAAAUCCAAAAUAAUAAAAUAAUUUAAGAAACCUACGAAGACUAUUUUGGCCUGAAAUGUGUUAAAACAGCAUCUUUAUGUCAAGGCAGCUUUUACCAAAUUCAAUAAGAUAUUUUGAUUACAUUUGAGAGAAAUUUACCCGGUAAAAUGUUUUUUUUUGCAGUGCUGACAUCCAAUCCGCUUUAUUUAUACAACACAUUUUAAAAACAUAAAGACACAGUCCAAUCAGCUGGACUGUCUUUAUGUUUUGGGUGAUUUUUGUAAUAUAUUGUUGCACAAUGUUUUUCACCUUUAUAAUUUAAAUUGUUGAACAUUUAAAAAGUCAAAGUGAAUAAAAAAAGAUACUAAAUUCUGUUAAUGUAAGUAAAUGAAAUUAAUUACUUUCAACCUGGUGGCCGAUGCUGUAUCGGUUGGAAACGGGGCCAAAUGGUUACGCGUGUGUCAAAUUCACUGAUAAGAGAAAGCGACUUUUAAAAUGUAUUUUCAAACCUCUUCCGUUUAGAUAAAAAGAAGCUUAAAUGUAAAAGGAAUAACGUGAGUGUUUGAGGCUCUGUUUGUUGGUUCUCCCUCCUCUAACCGGCCUCUCUCCGCUCCUCCCGCAGCUCCAGGGGAACAUCUUCGCGGGCUUCGAUGAGACUCUGCUGCAGAGGGCCGAGGCUCUGGCCGCGGUGGACAUUGUGGCCCAGAAGAGCCACCCGUUCAAACCGGACGCGACCUACCACACCAUGACCACCAUGACCAGCAUGACCUGCACCCCCACCUCCUCCUCCGCACACCUGCACCAUCCAUCCGUGCUCACGUCCCACCACCACCCUGCACACCACCAGCCCGCGCAGGGCCUGGAGGGAGACCUGCUCGACCACCUCACACCGGGCAUCUCCUUAGGAGGCAUGCCGGGCUCAGACGUCUGCUCCACGGCCUCGCACACCCACGCAGCCCACAUGUCGGCCAUCAACCACAUGCAGCACCACCACCACCCACAGUCAAUGAACAUGCACCCGCACGGGCUGGGCUCCCACAGCUCUCUGGGGGGCGGGGUAGACGCGGAGCCGGAUCCCAGGGAGCUGGAGUCUUUCGCAGAGAGGUUCAAACAAAGGCGGAUCAAACUCGGGGUGACGCAGGCGGACGUGGGCGCGGCCCUGGCCAACCUCAAGAUCCCAGGGGUGGGAUGUCUAAGCCAGAGUACCAUCUGCAGGUUCGAGUCCCUAACGCUGUCCCACAACAACAUGGUGGCCCUGAAGCCGAUCCUGGAGGCCUGGCUGGAAGAGGCGGAGCGCGCGCAGAGGGAGAAGAUGGCCAAGCCGGAGAUCUUCAACGGGGGCGACAAAAAGCGGAAACGGACGUCUAUCGCGGCCCCGGAGAAGCGCUCCCUGGAGGCCUAUUUCGCCGUGCAGCCGAGGCCCUCCUCGGAGAAGAUUGCAGCGAUAGCCGAGAAACUGGACCUGAAAAAGAACGUGGUCCGGGUUUGGUUUUGCAAUCAGAGGCAAAAGCAGAAACGAAUGAAGUUUUCUGCGACACACUAAGACCUGCGGAGGAAACUCUGCCUCGUUUACAUAAAGACAAAUCAGAGACACGCUGCUGCUGCUGCUGCUGCUGCUGCGCACUGUCAGAGAGAACACAGGGUACACCGCUGAUGCUCCUGAAGACUGGACCUUUUUGUUUCUUACUUAUGACACACCCACCUUCCUUUUUUUUGAAGAUUCAAUCUAUUAUUAGAUUAUAUCCCACCUUAGACCCUUAAUUAAGCUGAAUAUGGAAAAUUACCACACUACAUCAUCUUUGUCAUUCACUCAAGAAAUGUGAAAAUUUGGGACUAAAUUUCGGACUGAGUGUCCUGAUUAAAUUCCUCUCAGUGUUGUCCAACUUUUACAGGAACAUCUCUUUCGAUGUCCUAAAUCAAAGGUUGUUACAGACAGUAUUUAAAACAGGCAGAUGUAACGUUUUAUCCACGUGUCCACCAUGUCCACGAACUCGGGGUCUUUAAGGUGUCAUUAUCUCGGUUCUGUGGGCUUUUGAUGGCGGACACCUGACUCUCCACCUUUUCGAAAAACCACAUCAGGAACUUUUUUUUUUCGGGGAAGGUUCGUCUUCUUUAACAAGAUGGGAGAGAAGCCGAUUUCAGCCAGAGAUGAGGAAAAAAACAUUCAGAGGAGGAAGAUUUUAUUGUCAAUAUGCAUUUCGAGGCAAAAAGUCCAAAAUAGUGUUAGAAUUUUGAGUGGAUGAAAUAAAUCAUCAUUGAACUGGAAAUAUCGAGAAAACAAGGUCCUGUUAUGAUCCGGUGAUAAAAGUAAUUCUGCGUACAAAGUUAAAAAAAAUUAAAAUGACUAAUUAUUAAGUUUAAAUUUUGUGAUUGAGUCAAGGAAUCGUCGAUGUCAAGAUUUGGUCUAACUCCAUGUUUGGCUGCUAAGUGGUGUCACUAGGCUACACUUUAGCACAACACCACUUCCAAGUCGCUUUUUAACACUUUCUGACUUGUUAAUUGUAUCAGUACCAAAUAUAUAUAUAAAUAUAAACCUGUAAAACGUGUGGUGAGGAUGUAGAAAUGCACAAUAAUUAAGCCGGUUUGGAAAUAUGCUCUGCUAUCUGACAUCCAACACCUAGCAUACAAGUUUUAAACGAUAGCGCAAGAUGCUAGCUCGGCUAAUAUCUGUAAAUACGGGUUCACAAACGUUCACAAACACAUUUAACAGCAUUGACCUGUUUUAGUUUUAUUUUGUGGUUUUAAGUUGCGUCAAUUAAAAAAAGUGCUCAUCUACUCGACUAAAGCAGCUAGCUAAGGAAUAGCCUAGCAGCCCCUCUUGCCUUUGCUAACACGUUAGCUUAGUUCGCCACAGAUUGUGUGCCGCCAUUAGUUACUGCGACCAUUUAUCACUAAUAUAGCAAAGUUUUCACAAACAAUAGUUUCCAACCUUUUCUCAUCCAGAUUUCCAUUUUAUUUUGUGAACCUAAAUUUAAUUUUCUCAUAUUUUUCUAACUUUAAACUUCAUCCAUCAGUGGCCUAUUUCUCAAUCUUUGAUACUCGACCUUAUUCUUUCAACUAUCAAUUUUUUACCCUUGACUUUGUCUUUCGCCGGUUUGUGCGUAAUGAUUAAAAAAAUAGGCUAAUCUACCUCCUCCAAUGUUUCAUCCUCACCCCUGGCCCCAAAUCUCUCCUGUAAGCCCCGGAUCCAGCAGUGUACCUCUUAUUCUACUCUGACAGUGAGGACGGAGCACCAGGACUGGGAGAAAGACUAAGACCCUGUCCAAAAAACCUGAGACUCACAUCUUGAUGCUUCUCCGCAGAGCUGAGACCGACCCCUCUUCGAGAUAUCACCAUAUUGGAAGAAAAGGCGCUCCGUCUCAUUCAUUCUUAUGGCAAUUAUUGUACAAAAAUAAGCAUAAUAAUGACGGGAAUCGAGGACUGACCACCCUCCUAGUCUGAAUAGUUUUUUUAUAUCUAUCAUUGUACAUACUUGUGAAUAUGUUGCACCUCCGUGUGGAAAAGCUCAUUGAAAUGUAUUGUCCUUUUCUCCCAGGUGUUUAGUUAGUUUUUAUUGGGGGCAGACUGAGUUUAAAAAGUCGGUCUGCGUCUAAUUCCUGAGGCACAAUAACUCCUGUAAUCCAUUGCAUGGUUUACUCGUUCAAGGGGGGGAGGGGUGUUUUCUGUGCGUCCAAAAAAUAACCUCCCCCCCAAAAGUGAAUGCAUUGCAAUAAGAAGAUAGACACACACAGAGAGACACUACCACACGCACGAACACACACAUUCACACGGUAUAGCUGUGUGGCUACCUCAUUACGCAAGUGUUGGCACGUUCAUGGUGAUUUUAAACACACACACAUACACACACACACUAUCUGAAAAAAGGCGAGUAGGAUCAUUUUUGGUUUAUUCUUUUAAAAAUGUGUUUCGGUUUUCUUUGUGUUGAUCUUCCACUGGUUUCAUGGUGCAUUAGGCCUAGAAGACUCACUGAUGUGUAAACCUGUUGUAUGUUCACUGCAAUGAUGCUUUGACAAUCAAAUUAUGAUUAUUAUUACCCUUAUUUUAUUAUGAUUAAGAUUCAAACUCCAUCUCUUUUCGUCAUUAUGGAAACGACCCCGUUUAUUAUUAUUAUUAUUAUUAUUAUUAUUAUUAUUAUUAUUAUUAUUAUUAUCACUGACACCUUUGUGGAGCGCACUUUGUACAUAUUCUGAUGAAGGACAAUGGACAGCCUUAUUUAUAUACAUACUUUUCCAACACUUAACACUUAAAAAACGUUAAGAUUUGUUUUGUUUUUCUCUACGUUGCCCUUAUUUAUUUAUUAACUUUAUCUUUAUUUAUUUUGGAGGAGUAAAAAAAAAAAAUCAUAUUUCAUUUGUGAAAGUGUGCUUUAAAUGUGUCUGUGUAAGCGACCGAAGCUGAAAUAAACCGUGCACGUUUUACUUCA